AUGGACAGUCCCGAGGCACCCUUUAAAAUUAUGGACAGUCCCGAGGCACCCUUUAAAGUUAUGGACAGUCCCAAGGCACCCUUUAAAAUUAUGGACAGUCCCGAGGCACCCUUUAAAAUUAUGGAUAGUCCUGAGGCACCCUUUAAAGUUAUGGACAGUCCCGAGGCACCCUUUAAAAUUAUGGAUAGUCCCGAGGCACCCUUUAAAAUUAUGGACAGUCCCGAGGCACCCUUUAAAGUUAUGGACAGUCCCGAGGAACCGUUUAAAAUUAUGGACAGUCCCGAGGCACCCUUUAAAAUUAUGGAUAGUCCUGAGGCACCCUUAAAAUUAUGGAUAGUCCUGAGGCACCCUUUAAAGUUAUGGACAGUCCCGAGGAACCCUUUAAAAUUAUGGAGAGUCUUGAGG